CAAAAUCCAACAGCCAUCAGAAACCACUUUAAAGAUGUUUCAGUUUUUGGUCUGUUUCUCGUUACUUCUGGUCAGCUGUCAAGUGGGUCUGACCAAUGGGCAGGGCCGUCUCAUAGAGCCACCGUCAAGAAACUCUGCCUGGAGGUUUGGGUUCCAUACGCCCGUCAAUAAUGCGGACGACCGACUUAACUGCGGCGGCCUUAAGGCCCAGUGGUACGGAAGCAAUGGCCAAUGUGGGGUAUGUGGCGACCCCUAUCAGGGGGUGCGCGAUCACGAAGCUGGAGGGAAAUAUGCAACGGGCACCAUUGUCCGAAGUUAUGGCGUUGGCGAGACUAUAGAUAUCGUCGUGGACAUUACCCAUGGUCAGAAAGGAUGGAUGGAGUUUCGCUUAUGUCCCAACAAUAACCCCAAGGUCCCUGUGACCCAAGACUGCUUGGACAAAUAUGUCCUGAGGAAUGCCGAUGGCUCUGGCACCAAAACCUUGUUAAACCACGGCUCUGGAAAGUACGUGAUGAAGUACAUUUUACCUGAUGGUCUGAGCUGCUCACAGUGCGUUUUACAGUGGUUGUAUGAUACAGGUAGUGUAGGAGAUACCAUCCCCAGGGAGCAAUACGUCAACUGCGCCGAUAUUGCAGUCGGUGGAGGUGGUACAGGGACAGGCAACACAGCAGCGCCAUCUACAGGCACCGGAAAUGGCGGGAAUGGAGGCAGCAGCGUAAUGAUAUGUAAAGCCAUCGGCGCUUUCUUCGGGAACGCCGCUGCGGACGCGUACUGCACCAGUAACUGCUCUAGAGGGGUCUGCCCCCCUAGUGUGUGUAAAUGUGUUACUUUCUAA